GGCCCAGGGCGGGGUCUGCAGCUGUCCGAGUGGUGCGGGCUGCCUGAGUGGACAUGGCUGCCGGGCGCACCGGGGUUGUCCUGGCCGCCCUGGGGGUGCUCGGUAUCUGCACAGCUAGCAGCUCUGGGCCUGGGGCACAGGGCGGGGAGGCGGAGUGGGCGGAGCCGUGGGACGGGACGGUUUUCCGGCCUCCCUCGGCGCUAGGCGCGGUGGGGACGGCGCGCGGUGCUGGGGCUCGGCCGCCAGGGAGGGAGGAGACCGCGAACUUACCGGUGCUGCUGUGGUGGAGCCCGGGGCUGUUCCCCCACUUCCCCGGCGACUCGGAGCGCAUCGAGUGCGCGCGCGGCGCGUGCGUGGCGUCCCGGGACCGACGGGCGCGCGCCGACCCGCGCACGCGCGCGCUGCUCUUUUACGGCACCGACUUCCGCGCGUCCGACGCGCCGCUUCCGCGCCUGGCGCACCAGAGCUGGGCGCUUCUGCACGAAGAGUCGCCGCUCAACAACUUCUUGCUGAGCCACGGGCCGGGUAUCCGCCUUUUCAAUCUCACUGCCACCUUCAGCCGCCACUCGGACUACCCGCUGCCGCUGCAGUGGCUUCCGGGGACCGCCUAUCUGCGCCGGCCAGCGCCUCCGCUCCGGGAGCGCGCCGAGUGGCGCCGCCGCGGGUACGCGCCGCUCCUCUACUUGCAGUCCCACUGCGACGUGCCCGCGGACCGGGACCGCUACGUGCGCGAGCUCAUGCGCUACAUCCCGGUGGACUCGUACGGGAAAUGCCUGCAGAAUCGGGAGCUGCCCACCGCGCGCUUACAGGACACAGCAACGGCCACCACCGAGGAUCCAGAGCUCCUGGCCUUUUUGUCCCGCUAUAAGUUCCACUUGGCCCUCGAAAAUGCCAUCUGCAAUGACUACAUGACAGAAAAGCUGUGGCGCCCCAUGCACCUAGGUGCUGUGCCGGUGUACCGCGGCUCACCCUCUGUGAGGGACUGGAUGCCAAAUAACCAUUCCAUCAUCCUCAUUGACGACUUCGAGUCCCCUCAGAAGCUGGCAGAAUUUAUUGACUUUCUGGACAAGAAUGACGAGGAGUACAUGAAGUACCUGGCAUACAAGCAGCCUGGGGGCAUCACCAAUCAGUUCCUUCUGGAUAGCCUGGAGCACCGAGAGUGGGGAGUGAAUGACCCCUUAAUGCCCAACUACCUCAAUGGCUUUGAGUGUUUCGUCUGUGACCACGAACUGGCUCGGCUGGGCGCGGAGAAAGCCCACGCGGCCUCUCCCGGGGACGUCCCUGUCCCUGAGCCUCACAUUGCCCAGCCUUCACACAUGAACUGUCCAAUGCCCACACCUGGCUUUGGCAACAUUGAAGACAUUCCCGAGAAUGACAGCUGGAAAGAGAUGUGGCUGCAAGAUUAUUGGCAAAGUCUGGACCAGGGGGAAGCCCUCACUGCCAUGAUCCACAACAAUGAAACACAGCAGAGGAAAUUUUGGGAUUACCUCCAUCAGAUCUUCAUGAAAAGGAACCAAAAUUUCUAAAUGCCCUUGCAAGAGCCUUUAACGUGGACAGUUUGAAGAGAUGUUCUACCAUGGCACCUCAGGAGCAUCAGCCACACAGUCCCUUACCACCACUGUCUUAUGGUGGUUAUGUCCUCUGAUGUUCUUUUUCCUUGUGCUGGGAAUAGAACAUGGAGUUCUGAGCGUGCUCAACGAGUGUUCUUCCACUGACCUGGAGUUUACUAUGUAGUCCCAGGGUGGCCUAGAACUCAUUGCAGUCCUCUUACCUCUUGAGAGCUGAGAUUAAAGGCAUGCGUCACUACGCCUGGCUGGACUGGAGUUUGAACCUUUGAACCCAGGGCCUCACACAUGCUAAGCAUGUGCUGUUCAGCCUUUCAUUUUACUGUUUAAUAAAAGAUGUCUUUCAUAAUAGCAUG